CUGUCAAAAUUUUUUAUUUAAAAUACAACGAGUUAUUAUAAAUCAGUCGCAAUGUAAGGUAGAGCAUACACUUAUAAAUUUUGGGGUUUGUCCAAAUGAAUCACAAAAUAUCAUUUUAAAGUUCAAAUGUUGAAUCUGUUGUGUUUGAAUGGAAGUAAUAUCAAAUAACAUUUCACUACAGUGAUGAAUAUGGGAUGAUACUGCACAAUGGACCCUCUGUACUUGCAAUUCAAAAACUUAUAAUGGAUAACAUAAAACAUUCAUUUCAUCAUCUUUGUCUUGUUUAACUCUGGAUCAAGUAGUUUCAGAUGUUAUCCUUUAAUGAAGCCUACAACUUCACCUGUCCAUCACAGGCACACUGGAAUAUUCGGGCAAAAGCCAUGUGUAAGCCUCCAAAAAAUUAUACUUGCUUAUUUGAUAUAACUUUUCGAGUGAAUGUAUACAGAGAAAUAUGUAACAGACCUAGAAUAUUAGAUCGUGGUCAUAAAUACGUCUUUCAGCCGAACUUAAACAAAGCAACAUGCAGUGCAACUCGAUAUCAGCCUUUCAUUUUUUACACAAUUGGAAACAGUGACUGCACCUAUCAAAAAUCACUUUGUAACAGCAUAGGUCAAGAGACGUAUGAAUACGGCAACACUACGGUCGACAUAAAAUGUAUGUGUAAUACUGAUAGAGGAUAUACUUUUGUCAUGAACUCAAAACACCAAUGUUACUGCAAUCCUUCUACUGACGAUUGUUCCUGUUAUCUCGGAAUAAACCAAUACAACAAAACGGUUGGACUGAACGAUAUCAAAUGUUACGAUGACACGAAAAGGACAGGAAGUCGUUACUUAGGAGAUAGGUUUAAUAUAUCACGGAAAAUUAAGAUCAUUGAAUUUGACAACUACAACUACAACCUAAACUAUUAUAAAUAUCACAUCGAAGCAUUUCAAUGGGUUUUGACAUUGUCAUUAGCAUCCUGCGUUGUUUGUAUUAUUCUACUGACAAAUCGGCGACAAUUGAGAAGAUGUAUCGAACCUCCAAAUAUUUUUCCAGAAGCCAUAAACCAUUUAUCAGAGGAAGAUAAAAUCAGAUACAAUGAGCUUAUGCAAACUGAAAAAAAAGAAAACAGAUAUUUUGUUAGAAUUAUGAUUGUCGGAAAGGAAUCGACAGGAAAAACGUGUCUCUUGAGGAGAUUAUUGAAGGAAGACAUAUCUGGUGUAUCGAGUACAGAUGGUGUUGAUAUUGUUGUUCGUAGGUGCAAAAUCAACAUAAGAGAUGGAAAAUGGAUAAUCGGCAAAGAAAUUGACGAUGAUAAAGUGAGCCGGAUUAAGAGAGCACUGAUUCCAAAUGCCGAGGACAGAAACACUGAAAAUAUUGAGGUAGAUGAGAGAAAUAAUAUAAAUAUAAGUCAUGGUGAUGAUAUAUCUACCUAUAAAAAAGACACCACAACCGACAUAACGGUUAUUCGGGAUAAAAGUGAAGAUACAAAUGAGUCUGAAUUAUUGGUAAUGCUUGAGGAUUUCAAAGCAAAAUCAAAAGUUAAUCUGGAUAAAAAAGGAGAAACGAACCAGUCUCCAUCUUUGGUAAUGCCUGAGGAUAUCACUAGCGACGCAAAGAUUAAUCUGGAUAACAAUAAAGAAACGAAUAAGUCUUCAUCAUUGGUAAUGCCUGAGGAUUUGAUGUCAAAUAUGUUUUCCAAGUCAACUGUUAAUUCUCCUUCAAACCUUUAUGCAUUAUGUGAAUUAUGGGACUUUGCAGGACAAAAAGAAUUUUAUGCUACACAUCAAGCAUUUUUAACAAGUAGUGCAGUAUACCUUGUAGUUGCAGAUAUGAAGGACGACAUAAGUAAACAAGGAUUGGGUCAGUGUUUUGCCGAUUUUCAGCAUAUUGGAGAAUAUGUUGAUUUUUGGUUUGAUUCUAUCCAUUGUCAUCGAACAACCGACAAACCAGCUAGGUAUGGCCACUUCGAUCCUCCGAUUUUAUUAGUUUUCACUGGAAAGGAUAAAUAUGACAAGGCAGAUUUUAAGAAGAGAGAAAAGGAACUCAAUGAUCAAAUAGACCAAGUUCUUGGAUUUCAAAGCAAAUAUCAUCACUUGCACAACAAGUUUUAUCUGUCAAAUACAAAUGACAGUGACACAGAAUUUGAGAAGUUGCAAUACGCAAUUUACGAUACUGCACGGAAAAUGGGAAAUUGGGGUAAUGCUUUUCCGUUAAAAUGGAUUCUUUUAGAACAUUUGAUUGAAAUUAAUAAGAACGAUAACAAGCAUUUCAUCAACUUUACUGAUAUGUCAAAUCUGGCUUAACAUCCUGAUAUCAAUAUUCUAGAAAAGGAGGAUUUGUUGUUGUUUCUUCGAUUUCAGCAUAACGUAGGGAACAUCAUUUUCUUUGCUAAUAUACCGGAUUUAAUCAUAUUAAGACCCCAAUGGUUAGCAGAUGCUUUCCGAUGUUUAGUUUCAGAUAGAGUUGAAAACAGAAGAUUGCAUCACCAUGAGGACUGGACACUGUUUAUACGACAAGGCAAAAUAAGCGAAUCGUUAAUAACAGAACUGUUCAAAUCAAAAGAUGGAAGUCAGUUUUCAGAACAGACAAAUAAUUUG